GCUGCAGUUUCAUAGUACGGACUCUGGGCGCCGCUGUUGGCCAGAGUGGAGAGCUGGGCGCUGGUGAUCGCCUCGCGCAGCCGCAGCUCGCUUUCCUCGGCUCACUCGCUAGAGCUGGCCUUUCCACUGCUCCCUCCUCUGGGAAAGAAGAAACCCUGACCCCCACGCAGGAACUAAAGGCUGUUCGGGGCUCUGGACAUCCGCGACAGAGAGAUUACUGGUCAUCCGGCGUCUUCAGGCCGGUGAGCACGCUGAGGGGAGCAAGAGGGAUGGGGAGCGGCGCUGGGGACUGGGGCUGGGCUGAGCGGCGGCCAGUGCUCUUUCCCUUCCUGCUGUCUUUGUUCUGCCCUGCGCUCUCUGAGCCGCUCCGCUACCGGAUUCCCGAGGAAAUGCCCGAGGGCUCGGUGGUGGGGAACCUCGCCAAGGACCUGGGACUCAGUGUCCGCGAGUUACCGACUCGAAAACUGCGCGUCAGCUCUGAGAAGCCUUACUUCACUGUGAGCGCAGAGCGCGGGGACUUACUUGUGAGCGGCAGGCUGGACCGGGAGCAGAUAUGCGGGAAGAAGCCAGUAUGUGCUCUGGAAUUUGAGGCUGUUGCUGAAAAGCCAUUGAACUUUUACCACGUGAACGUGGAGAUCGAGGAUAUUAAUGACCACCCUCCCAAAUUCAUGCAAAACUCCUUUGAGCUGCAAAUAAGUGAGUCCACAAAGCCCGAGGCACGAUUUAUCUUAGGAUCUGCCCAUGAUGCAGAUAUUGGUACCAACUCAUUACAGAAUUAUCAACUCAGUCCCAAUGAUCAUUUCUUACUCGUGAAUAAGGAGAAAUUAGAUGGUAGCAAAUACCCCGAGCUAGUAUUGAAGAUGCCUUUAGAUCGGGAGGAGCAGAAGUCCUACCACUUGACCUUGACUGCCUUGGACGGCGGGGAUCCACCCCUAAGCAGCACUGUUCAGAUACAAGUCCUCGUGACUGAUGCCAAUGAUAACCCUCCAGUGUUCAGCCAAGAGUUAUACAGGGUGGGCCUUCCGGAGAACGUGUUCCCAGGCACCACUGUGCUUAGAGUGAUGGCCACCGACCAGGAUGAGGGCGUCAAUGCCGAGAUCACCUUCUCUUUCACUGAAGCAGGCCAGACCACCCAGUUUGACCUGAAUUCUACUACUGGGGAAAUUACUACUCGAAAUACACUAGAUUUUGAGGAAGUCAAAGAAUAUUCCAUAGUUUUGGAAGCAAGGGAUGGUGGAGGAAUGAUUGCCCAAUGUACCGUGGAGAUACAAGUCCUAGACGUAAAUGAUAAUAUCCCAGAAGUGAUAUUUCAAUCUCUCACAGAUGUUAUUAUGGAGGACACCAGGCUAGGAACAUACAUUGCUUUACUUAAAGUCCGUGACAAGGAUUCGGGAGACAAUGGAGAAGUUACUUGUAAAUUAGAAGGUGAGGUUCCGUUUAAAUUGCUAACUUAUUCGAAAAACACGUAUAAAUUAGUGACAGACGGAGUUCUAGACCGUGAGCAGACCCCAGAGUACAAUGUCACCAUCACAGCCACCGACAGGGGCAAGCCGCCCCUCUCCUCCAGCACCACCAUCACCCUGCACGUCACAGACGUCAACGACAACGCCCCGGUUUUCCAGCAGUCAGCCUACCUGGUCCACGUGCCAGAAAACAACCCGCCCGGGGCCUCCAUCGCGCAGGUCAGCGCCUCCGACCCCGACCUGGGACCCAACGGCCAGGUGUCCUACUCCAUCGUGGCCAGCGACCUGGAGGCACGGGCGCUGUCGUCCUACGUGUCCGUGAGCGCGCACAGCGGGGUGGUGUUCGCGCAGCGCGCCUUCGACCACGAGCAGCUGCGCGCCUUUGAGCUGACGCUGCAGUUCUGGUGA